CUUUAGACUAUAAAACUUAUAAAUAAUAACAUUUUUCAUUUGAGCAAGAAAUUAUCUAUCUUUAUUUAUAUAAUAAAUAGAUUUUUGGAGAUUUUUCUUUUUUUUUAAAUAGUUCAAUUUUGAUAGUUCCGAUAAUAUUGAAGAUGAAAUGAAUUUGAUUCAUAUCCAUAGGAAUCCUUUCUUUCCUUUGGUAGAACCUGAAAUUUGUUCAAGCAUGCGUCAAUUUAGUAAUCCUUAAUAUAUAUAUAUAGAUAAUAUGGUAAAUUAGAUUUAUUGGUCUUGCUAUGAAAUUCUCUUGCGAAAAACCUCUAGCUUAUUGCUAUACUUCUAUGUAUAUUUUUUUUAAAUGAGUAAUAUAUUAAGAGAAAAAAUGAUUUUUGAAUUUUGCAUAGGAACAAGCCUUUUAUAAGAAUGAUUUCUUAUGAAAGUUUCAAUUCUUCUUGUUCUUCACAUUCUAAAAUAUAGCUAUAGCAACUAAUACUUUCACAAAAAAAAACAACUUCUUAUUAACUCUUAAAAGUCAAAGGAAGGUUUUUCUUGCAACAGAAAGAAAACAACCAUAAAAAUUGAGCUGAUGAAUUCUUAGUACAUUCAUACUUUGUUCUUAAUCUAGAAUUUACAUAAUGCCCUUAAGCAGAAAUUUUGCCAUUAAUCAGAUUAUAUAAUUCUUAAAUUGUUCUGAAAUUUUCAGUCAAAACUGAUACUUUAUUCUUGAGAUAUUGAACAUAGAAAAAAUCGGCAACAUUUUGCCAAAAAACUCAUAAAAUCCAACUUCUCUUCAACAUGCUGUAUUUUCAAGAGUAAACAAUAGUUGUUUAUUGAAAAAUUUCAGGGUAAUCUAAAUAGCAUAUGAGUUAUUUAUAAGUCAAAAUCCCUUUGUUUCAAUUUUUUCUUGAGGCAGACUAUCCCACAGAAGGAACAUUUUUCUUAAUGAUAGUGUCCUGCGUUAGUGGAAUAGUUUAAAAUUGAUGAGAUGAUUUCAUCAGAUACCUUAACAAUAUCACUUAAAAAAAACCAAAGCCACACGUCGCUUAUAUGAAUAAAAGAAUUAUAUUUUUUGCAUCUCUAUAUGAUUAUUAAGAUUAUUCUUAUAGUGAAAUUGAUUGAAAUUAUUCAAAUAUCCCUUAGAAGAAAUAUUGGGUUCUUAAGGGUUAAGAUUUGUCUCUAUGCAAAUUUUCAAAUCGAAAUAAUCUAACAGAUAUUUGUAUGAAAGAUUGAAUUAUUAUUUCAAUCUAUAGUUUUCUGUUUUAUUUUUGUUAUAAUGUACUUUUCUAAAUUUGUAUUUUAGCAAGUGUUAUGUUUGCAUUUAUUGAUCGUUCAAUUGUAAAAAAAGUUGUAAACUUUUUACCUCGAGUUGGUGUUGGUAGUCGUUAUGGUUUACCACAACAACGACGAACAUCAUUACCAUCAGCAAAACAAUUAUUUCGUUCAGCAAAUAUGACUCAACGACGGAAAAGACGAGAAACUUCAAAUUUUGAAUAUCUUAUGUAUCUAAACAAGAUUUAA